UUGGUUCUUAGCUUUUAACACAAAAAAAAAUUCUAGAUCUGGAUCUCUUGCUUUUUAAUUAAAAAGAAUUACAAAUUUUAUUUGAUUUGAUUUCGGAAAUAUUUUUUAUUGUCGGUAGAAACUUUGGGAAAAGCUAUGUCUGCAUUUACGGAGCAGGCUUUGCUUAAAAAACUUUUUGAAUUAAAUUCUAGCCAGCAAAGUAUACAAACACUGUCCUUAUGGCUGAUACACCAUAGAAAGCAUCAUGUUGGUAUUGUUAAAACGUGGUUCAAAGAAUUACAGAAAGUGCCGGAACAAAAGAAGUUAACAUACAUGUAUUUGGCAAAUGAUGUAAUACAAAAUAGCAAGAAAAAAGGACCAGAAUAUGGCAAAGAAUUUGAAUUGAUUUUAAAUAAAGUAUUCUGUCAUAUAUGUGAUACAUGUGAAGAAGAAAAACUUUAUAUGAAUUUAUACCGCAUUUUACAAAUAUGGGAAGAUCGAGGGGUCUACGAUAAAAAAACAAUUAAUGAGUUCAGAAAUAGUUUAACUAAAGGUAGCGGUAAAGAUGAGAAUGAUAAGAAGGUAGAAGUAAAAGCUCCAGAAAAGAGAAAAAUUGAAACGACUAAAACAGAUCCGAUUGUAGAAAAAAAACAUAGAUCAUCCAAAAGCACAAAUGAAGAUAAGACUAAAACCGUAGAUUUGCAAAAUAAUAUAGAAGCUGUUAGCCCACAAACUCCAAUUGGUGAACCGCCAGAACCAGAAGAGCUUGUGAAAGCUCUUACAGAUCUAGAAAAUUCUGCGUCCAGUGAUGCUGCUGUGAGAGAAAGAAUUGCCAAUUUACCAGCAGAAAUAUCUGAACUUCAUACAAUUAGUAAAUUAGAAGAUAAAGAAGCAGCUGCAAAAUUAUCAAAAGAGAUCAAUGAAGCAGUACAACUUUUAAAUGAAUAUAAUGCAAGGUUAGCCAUGGAAAUGGAAGACCGAAAAAAACUAGCAGUUAUGUUACGAAACUUCCAAGCAGAGCAAAAAGAAUUAUUAGAACAAGCUGAACAGCGUUUAGAGGAAUAUACUAAAAAGCUGGCUAAAUAUAAAGACAUUCAAAAAGAAAUUAAAGACCAUUUAUCGAAUUUACCAGAUCUAAGACAGUUACCAGAUGUUAGUGGUGGAUUUUUAGCACCUUUACCAUCAGCUGGUGAUUUGUUUAAUAUUCAUUGAAGUAAAAAAUAUAAUAUUAAAAUUAAAUUAUAUUACAUAAAAUAUUAUUAUUAGUGGAGUACUUUCAUAGAUCUUAAAGCAAUUAUGCAAAAAAGGAAAAAAUAAAAAAAACGAAAACAAAAAUUCAAAUUUCAUAAAUUUUUGUGCACGUUAAUUGUAACUUUUUUCUAAUCCAAGUUAUAUUAAUUUUAAAAACUAAUAAUUAUACAAUUAAUAUAAUUUUUGAUUAAAUUAACCAUGAUAUUGAUUACUUUUCCUUAAUUUUGAUUGAGUAUGAAGUAAUUUGUUUUUGACAAAAUCUUGUACGAAUAAUGUUAU